CCUGGGCAAAAGCUCAAAACUUCAUUGCCCUUUUCUCGCGAUGGUCGUGUGGUCGUGCGCGUUGUUUUGUGGUGCGUGUGUGCUGCUCAGGACUUGAUGAGUGAACAUGUGACGAACGGCAUGCCAUAACAGUGUAAAGCCAAGCAAUGCUGCUGGGAGGUGGCGUGAGGAUGCGGCCAACCAAGAAGCUGCUGUUGGUGCUGACCCUUUCGGGUGCUGCACUGACACUGUUCUCUUACCUGGCCCGUUGCAGCACACACAGUCCUCUCAGCCCAGUAGAUGGUGGAAUUGUGACUUUUUUCUGUUCUCCGCAGGCGGACAGCAGUGGUGGCAUUGGCGUAGGAACUAAGGGCAAGGCACACCUAGCGCAUGAGAUCAAAUGUGUCAUCAAUGAGGACUAUGCCGUGCCUUGUCGGAAGGAAGGUUCGGAAGUGUUUGUGCCCUUCAGCUUUCUGCGCAAGUACUUCGAAGUGUACGGCAAGAUUGCCUACCGGGACGGCAAAGAGGUGCUUGACUGGCAGCACAGCUACUCCAAGGUUAUGGCACCCAAUGCGAUGUACCACACGGCUGGGCCUUUCCUCUGGUUUGAGAACUACAAUGUGGCUGUCCGUGAUCGCGUCAAAUGCAUCAGUGGAAUGGAAGGUGUUCCCAUCUCAACACAGUGGGACCCCAAGGGCCACUUCUAUCCUGUACAGAUCGCGCAGUUCGGGCUGAGCCACUUCAGCAAGAACUUCACGGAGCCGCCACCGUCCGUGGCUCUUCUUGAGAAUGGCGUGCGCAGCCAGCACGGCUCCUGGGUUGCCUCCUCGAAGCUCAAGGCGAGCUACUCGAGGCUUCGCGACGACGAAACGGAGGGGCACGUCUUUGAGUUUCGGACUAGUGGCACUGCUCAGGACCAGGGAGUGGCCUUUGCACUUAAGCAGGAGUGCUACAAUCUCACCAUGUCGGUCGACCUCAGGGUCAUCCUCAAUGGCAGCCUCAGUGUGGUCCUCACUGCUGGCAGCGCCGACAAGCCAUCCCUGUACGGUGUCCACUACAUCAUGACUGACACCCACCUAGCCGUCGACGAUCAUGACGUCUACUACGGGAUCGGUACCCAGCGCUCCUGGAUGCACCUGACUCGCGACUUGGCCGUUGACCUGGUCAAGGGGCUCAGCUUCGGUCAGCGUAAGAUGGCCGCUCGGCCUAGGAACCUUCGAGUCCACAGCAUCGUCUUCCGGGGCUACGGCCUCGUCGACAACCUCACCCUGACCACCAGCGCACAUGAGGCUCACUUUUUCGAUGCAGCUGAGUGGCUUGUGCGCCACCAAGAUGACACGGGCGGCUGGCCAAUUCAAGUGACACGCCGCCUCUCGAAUGGCAUGCUGGAACUGGAACCCGGCUGGUACUCGGCUAUGGCUCAAGGGCAGGCCAUGUCGGUGCUGACGCGGGCCUACCUGACAACGGGAGAGAGGAGAUACCUGGACGCUGCUCUGCAUGCCACAGCCCCCUUCAAAGUGCGCGCCGAGACCCACGGGGUCAUGACGACUUUUCUCGGCAAGUUUGUGUGGUACGAAGAGUACCCCACUGUACCUAGCUCGUUUGUGUUGAAUGGGUUUAUAUACUCACUUUUCGGGCUUUAUGACGUCAAGUCCACUUGCGGGGAUGGAGCAGGUUCGUUGGAGCAGUGUAGGGACGCGGAAAAGCUUUUCCUAGACGGGAUGGUUUCAUUAAAACGAAUGUUGCCGCUAUUCGACACCGGCUCUGGAACGACGUACGACCUGAGGCACUUCUCGCUCGGCGUUGCGCCGAAUCUCGCUCGUUGGGACUAUCACACAACGCACAUCAACCAGUUGCUUUAUUUGGCAACCAUAGACGAUGAUCCCAUCUUCAAGACUACAGCCGAUAGGUGGAUACAGUACAUGAAAGGAUUUCGGGCACCACAUAACUGAGUGCGGGGGGCAAUGAUCCUGCCAUGAGUAUGAGCUUGACAGGUCCUAGGGGGACAGCUGCGAUUAGUUUUACACUGCUGAUGGCCACUGUCAGUUGCCUUGGUUGGCAUUGGCUAAAAGAACGCAGGCUAGUGGCAAACAGCACAUAACAUGAUGGGAGCGAUUUUAAAGAUCUUCAAAAAACGUAGGAGAGGUCUUUGCUCUGCAGUGAGCGUAUUCUGGCUGCUGCUGCUGAUGAUGAUGAAGAUGAUGAAUACAGCAAGGGAGAGGAUUCAAAGUGUGGCGUCACGUUAGUUGACACUGUCUUUCAGAUCACUGUCACUCAGAUGAUGUCCUGUCAUCAGAAUGUGGUCAAUUGAACUGUGGCAACAUUCUUGUGCGAUUCUUAUGGUGAACUUCAUUCCUUGUUCUGGAAGAGCUAAUUUAAUCACUUGUAAAUGACCGGUGGAAGAAGCCAUUCUUCUUGUGACAAAAAAAUGUUUAUGUUGCGAAAAAAAAAAAAUGUGCUAUAGAUCAACCACUAGAGUCGAUCGAUCUUUCAAUAUUCAUUGGCCAGGCAUUCAGUUAAAAAGUAGCACAUACUUGUUUUAUGUUAAAACAGAAUGUGGUUGGCUGCCUUCUCUUAUAUUGUGUGACAAAUACUUGUGCCGUUGAGCUAUGGUUAAAUAGUUGAAGGAGUGCUGACACGAAUUUAAAAGAUUUUAAAAUUCUUGCUCUAAAUAAAAAUGCUGGUGUUGAGAAGCCUGUAAAGGCUGUAAAGAGCAACACAGACUUUUUAUUUGUGGCAAUAUAUGCAAGUUGUUCAUAAAAAAUCUUUCUUUCAGUUAGCAUUUGUCAUUUGAAACAAAUACAUCUCAAACCCAAAUUUAUCCCACUGACAGCAUUUGUCCUUAAGCAGUGCUAAUUGCUUUAAAUGAAAAUCUUUUCUUUUCCUUCAUGUUUCUUUCAGAAAUUCAGAAGGAGUCUUACAGCAUCUUUCUGUAUGAAGCUUCCCCAUUAUUAUUUUUCGAAAUUUUAACAUUGCUUUUCUGGGCCGCAAUAUUUUUUAUUUAUACAAGGACAAUUCUAAAACAAAUCUCUGGGAGGUCUUAGUAAGUUUCAGCACAUGCACAUCUGUUAAUCUCAUCAUAUUAAUAAUAAGGACAUUUAAGAUAAAUGAAAAGUGCCUGGGCUUUGAAGUGUUGUAGCCUCAAAUUUUCUUAACCAUCAUCAGAAUCGAACAGAGUGAAAUGUCAGUGUUGACUUUGUGUACUGGUGAAGCAAUUCAGCUGACUCAACUGAUCAAUGUUACUACAUAGCGUCACACAUGCUUAUGGCUCUUUUGAGAGAGACAGAACCAAGCCCGAUGUGUGUCAAUGAGAAUAGAAUGUUAUUUUGAUGUUCUCGGAUUGAGCAUCAACGCACUCCUCCAUGUGUCAAACAGCAAGUUGGGAAAGUUUUUCCUGUGCAUUUGUAUAAUGGGCCUUGAUCCAGCCAAGCGCUGUUCACCCUUUGGCUCACUCUAGCGACAUCACGUGUGUCAUACGUGCGAGAAAUCGCUUAGGUACGCUCUCAAAACAAAAUCAUCCACAUGAGUUCUAGUGAGCGUGUGUAUAUAUUCUGAACCGUGCACUCGAAGGGUAGUUCGGUGAUCCCAUGGGCACAAUGAAAUGCCAUUGUCUUUCAUCAUUGUACUACUACUGACCUCGAGGCUGUUGUCGUAGCAGUCGAAGCAAGAUUGUUUGAUCGCCAGCAUUAGUGGCAGGAUAGGAAGAAGACAGCUGAUACUGCGAACAUAGCCUCAAAGGCGAGGCCACUAUAAGUAUUUAUAACUUUAUUUAUGUAAAACCGUGUUCAUGUUCAGGCAUGAAAUGAGAGCUGCAGAAAGUUUGCCAAGUUUAUGAGAGCUGGCGGAAAGACUUGAUUAAUUGUGCAGGACAAAAAAAAAUUUUACAAGCACGAUCAUUAAGAUCCUAACAUAUAACAAGGCAGGUUGACUGUUUAUAUCUCCAUGUUUCAUGAACUCAGCUGUUUAGUUGGCUGUCUUUCAUGAACUUACGGAAAACCUCUUCUAUCUGCUUGUACAUGCAACUGAAUUUCAAAGUUUCUGGUGUAGUAUACCCGUAAUUUUUCUAAGGCCUGUUUAGGGCUUUUUAAACAUUUAGAAAUAAUAAUUUUCUUUGCUGCCUUUAGAAGCUUAAAUUUCCUUGUAAUAGUAUUACCAUGUCGGGCAAUUCGGGAUGCUCUAACAGCAGGCUGUUAAAUCAUGUCACUGCCAUGAUUGGAGCCACCGUGGCUCAGUGAAACUGGAUCUUCAAGCUACACAUUUUAUUCAUUUGUAGAGAGGAUUUGCAUUUCGGGGUAUGUCAUGUACGCUGCCCCGUGUAACGUGGCACCUGCUGUCAUUUGAAAAACACCUUGUAGGGUCAGUGCCUUGAUUCGUUUGCAUUGUAAGACUUUCAAGUGCGUCAAUGCCUUCAUGCGCUGGGCCUUUGCGUUUCGAGUCUACAACGACAUGGGUUCGGUUGCUCACGAUUGUCCACGGUGUGCAUUAAGGCCAUCAACUAUCAUGCUUGUCUUCAGCUUAUGCUGACUAUACUGAAAUGCAAGGUGGCAUCAGCAUCUUGCACGAAUGCUUCACGAGAGCUGGUCCUACUGCCGUGUUAUUUAUUUAUUCAUUGUUGCUUACAAAUUGUUACUCCUGAUGCUGUGUUCUUAGUAGCAGUUUGGGCAUUGUGCUCUAGGCACAAUGCGUCAAUGUGGUGAAAUUGAACAGGGCUGUUCAUUUCUCAUGCACUAGCCACAUCAUGCAAGGCCGUAACUGUACUUAUUUAUGGAAAACUUCCUGGAGUGCCCAACUCUUUUACAAUGUUACGGCACUUUGAUUUUUAACUGUCAAAAAAAAAUCGAUUGCCUAUUCAUAGUAUUAGAGGAGAACUCCGUGCUUACGCUUCUGGUUUUUCAUAUUUCGUAAUGAAAGAUUAGAUAUCAAAAUUAAUGUGAUCCCUCUUACGUGAAAUUUUGUUGUAACAUGAAUUUAAGGCAUUUGUUCUGAUAAUGAGGCAUAGGGCCACGACCUCCUUCGCUCAUACAUUGAAAAUAUGCACAAAUGAAUGUAUCUAUUUUACUAAUCUAAAACUUAUCCCUGACAAAGAUUAGUCUUCCCCAUCACUAUCGCCAAUUUACAUUGUAGCCACUACGAAUUUCUCAAAGCCAGCACGUCACGUGUGCGCACACUCUGCCAGGAGAAGCACAACGCUGUGUACAUAGAACGUAUACUGUAAAGUCGCGACUCACUGCUUUCGAAGGCACCAUGCCAUAACGCACAUCUUUGUUUUUAUUGCUUGUCUUUACUUUCCAUGCCUUUAUGAUGGAAGCCUUCACUCAAGGCAUCACACUUGGCGUUUCAUUUGUCACCAUUUUCACGUAUCUAAUCAGACACUGGUCUAUGCGCUCUGCUUUUUUCAUCAAGAGACAUCAUCCAACGUGAGGGCUUCCUCGCAUGUCUGUCAGGCUUGAAGCUGUUUUCUUUCGCAGUACCUAUAUAAUGUCGUUUUGUAGUGGUGAUGCACACGGUUGAUCUGCCAGUCAUUCAAACCAAACACUUCUUUUUUGGGGGGGCAUUUAUAUUUGAAUCCUCAGUGAAAUGUUAACUUUGUUUUGUUCGCCCAGACAUAUACGAUGCGCGGAUGAAAGAUAUUGGCUCAUGCGGUAUGCCGCAGGAUGCUAUAUUAUGGCUGAAAAAUUGUUACUAUAGAUAUCGGAAUUUGUGAUCUACAAGUGCUGGCCAGCAGCUCAUAAGGAGUACUGCACCGUAUUUCAUACUGCAUUGUGUACCAGCUAGGUAAACAUCCUGAGUGCUAGUAGUUUUUAAAACCUAGGUAGUAACAUUAAAAGCGUUGAAGUGCAUCAGCUACUACGUCAAAUUUUUUGCAAGUAGAUUAUGUUUGAUUUUGUAGCGAUACAUCAUGUCAUUCCUGUAGAGUUCAGGUCAGUGUCGAUAGUGUUUUUCUUUUUGAAGAGCUAGUAAACCAUUCUCCAACUUCUUUUUUUGUUUACACCUUCCAAACAUGCUCACUAAUUUGUGCAGUAGACGACAGUGAUCACAUUUUGCAAAUACUAUGGCACUGUACACGACGCAAGCGCUCCAUUAAAAAGAAAGCAAUUGCAGCACUUUUUUACUACACCUGUCCAAUCCUCCUUGUAU